AUGGCUGUUGGACCUUCCCAAAAGACACUGAAGACGCAAAUGGGCCAGAGCGCCAGAAGAAUAUCUGCGCCCGCGCCUCCUGCAAGUCUUAAUCGCGAGGUCCAAGUGUGCCCAGAAGCCCUCAGUCAGCAUGAUACCCCUGACAGUCUCGUUAUGAAUAUGGUAGAUGACUGCGGAACCGAUCACGAUUUGUUCUGUCUUCCCAAGGACGAGCGGCCAGUUUCAGGCGAUAAGAGCGGAAAGCCUAUAACUCUAUCGGAUAUUCUCGGCUCGCGGCAUAGCAAAUUCUGGAUCAUACGAAUCUCGAGGCUCAUCGCAGAGGCCGUACUCAGGUUCGACCUCAAAGACUCGGAUCCUAGCCCCGAAAGUAGCGUGGUGUUCUACAAGUCCGCCGAACAUGACCUAACACCCUUUCUAGAAAGGGUUAUCAAAAAGCCUACAGCACUCUCUUAUGCGGUCGAUGAUGACGAACAUUCUUCCAGGCCAAGAUCUGCACUUCUCUUGAACUUGGCACAAAUCCUACUCCAACUCGGUCUUAUUGGUCUGCCCACCCCGGAGAAACUGCGAGGAAUUCCGCAAAAUGAUGGUGAGCGGCGAUCGUACAUCAGCGAAAAGGCCCUGAGCACGUGCUCCAACAUGGGAGACGCUUAUUCCCGGGUGAUCUUAUCCUGCGUCGAGUUUUCUACGUGGGAGACCCACAUGUAUGGCGACGAGAAGUUCAAGGAGCAGUAUUACAGGAGCAUUGUGAAACCACUUAAGGGUAUGGAAGAGGCUUUGCUUUCUUGCCAGAUCAACAUGAGGUAA